AUGAAGAAGGAAGAGGAAGGGGAAGAAGAAGAAGAAGAAGAAAGAAAAGGGAAGAAGAGGAAAGAAGAAGAAGGAAGAGGAAGAGAGGAAGAAGAAGAAGGGAAGAGGAGAAGAAGGGGAAGAAGAGGAAGAAGGGGAAGAAGGAGGAAGAAGAGGAAGAAGGGGAAGAAGGGGAAGAAGAGGAAGAAGGGGAAGAAGAGGAAGAAGGGGAAGAAGAGGAAGAAGGGGAAGAAGAGGAAGAAGGGGAAGAAGAGGAAGAAGGGGAAGAUGAAGUAG